UAAGCCAGUUUACUUUAAACCCCAAGAGAAGCUUAUUUAAAUUAAGGCAUCUUAAUUCUAGACUGCUAAGUGCUGUACAAACAUACAAGGAAAACAAAUCUUUCUGGAAACUUGCGAGUUUUACUUGUCAAAAUGCCGGUUUUUAGCAUUGCAACAAAUCUUAAACGGGAUCAGAUCCCAGAAAACUUUGUUCGAGAGGCUUCAAAAUUUAUUGCUUCAGAACUUAAAAAGCCUGAAUCUUAUGUAUUGGUACAAAUUUCACCUGAUCAGUUAAUGACAUUUGGUGGCAGUGAUGAACCGUGUGCUAACAUUUCUUUGAGCAGUAUUGGUGUGGUUUGUGCUGAUAAAAAUCGUAAGAUGGCUUCAAAGUUAUGCCAGUUUAUUGAGCAGCAUCUUGGAAUUAAGCAGAAUAGGUUCUACAUCAAUGUUCAUGAUAUUGAUGCAGCUUGGUGCAUUUGGAAUGGCACAACAUUUGGCUAAUAAGUGUCUGAAUUGUUUUGAAUCUCUUCUUAUCAUCAUAAAUUUAAACGUGUUGUGCUACUUUGUUGUCAAUUUUGUUGUGUUAAAAGUUGAUCCUCCUUUUUUAAGUUUUGUUUUUGUAUGAGAUUUUUUUUUGUUUGUUAACAAGCCUUCAAGUUUGUGUAGUAUUAUUAUGCACAUUUUUAAAUUUUAUGUUUAUAAACAUUUUGAAAACUUGUGACAAUAAAAUUUUGUUUAAUGUGAGCAUUUAUUCAUAAAAUAAAUUUUAAAACUAGC